GGUUGCUUCUGUGCUUGACUCCUAAGACUUGUUUAGAAACUCUGCUCACAGUCAUUGUUCCAGCUUUACCUAGAUACAUAACAGUGUUGUAACCGUGCGUGGCUUGUUUGAGGAAGUUUUGUGGAAGAUUGUGUGUUGACAAGGAGAGACUAAUCAUGACACUGUAUUUUUACUAAGGUUAUCCAUCAUGCUUUAUGUGUUGUAUAUUUUGCCAUAUGGGCACCAGUGUUGGAGUAAGAGAAAGGUAAGCAUGCCUGCCAUAUGUUCACCUUCCUUUCAUGUCUGGGUGAAGGGAUUCUCUGUCGAUUUGUCGCCUCUCCUUCACGCACGUCAGAGCUGAUGGGAGUUGCCCACCGACCCGCUGAACAGGCCGAGCAUUGUGCUGCUGUGGGUACAUGGGUGUGGUGGCAGCCUCUGUUUAAGUGGAAGCUGGUCCUUUUUUACCAUAACGAGCCAGAGAUGAGGAAGGGUAGCGAGUGCCUUACUGCUGUUUUUAGACCUUUCACGCAUAUAUCGUCAGAGCCGUGGUGACGCAAGGCCCUAUUUUUCCUUUUUUUACCUGUGCCGUCAUGAAAGCUGCCUCUGUUCCCCCUCACAUCUCCUGUCUGUGGGCCUGGCUCCUGUGAAAACACCACUGCCAGGUUCCCGAGCCUGGUAACAGACCCAGAGCUAUUUAUAUCCCCUUGUUCUUCCAUGUUUCUUCAGCUAACACCUUAGCACGACCUCCACCCCUUCUUUGUAAACUUGCUUUUUCCAGACAACCAACACUUUUGGCCUGCAGCUUUUUUCAGGUUGACCUCACCAUGAUUGCACAAUAACUAGAUAGAUUGGCUUUUGGAUGGGGGUGGGGAAUUAAUCUAUGCUGCCAUUCUGUAAUUCUGCUCCUGAAGCAUAAUUCAGUCAGACAUUUGACAUUUGAAAGGUGCUAUAUAAAUAAAGUUUUAUUAUUAUUAUUAUUAUUAUUAUUAUUAUUAAUAAGAUAAACUAAAGUAUAGGCGUCAUCAUGGCACAGCUGGUUUUUCGGGAAGUUAAUGAUACUUACAUCAGGCUGGAGACUAAGACGGUUGGCAUGAAAACAAUAUCUUGUGGCUACUUUAGGACGUGGUUAGAGCAACACUGAUUAUGAAGAAAAUCUUCAGUUGAAACAACUGUCUUUCCCCUUUUGUUAUUGGUUAAGAGUCAGAAUUUUGACCAUCAGUGAUGUCAUCACAGUGAUCUUGCCUGAUUUACGAUGUGUUGGAUGUACCACCCCACUCCAAAAGUUUCAAGUCGGCUUAUAGAUGCGGAUACUAUUUAUAUCACACUGGAUCCAUGCUAAAAUCUGUGAAUCAUAUUCAUACAUAUGGUUUAUUUAUAGAAGUAGGCCAAACGGCUGUGGUUGAGGUUUAGAAUGACCCAAAAUAGCUGAGCUCUCUGCAUCAUUAUUAUGUCACAUGUACUGGCCCUUUCUUGCGUUUAAAUGGUACGUUUUAUUUUUUCCGCAUUGAUUGCACUUUCAGAAAGUUGACAAGUUGUCCAUGACGUGAUGAAAUAAAAAGUAAAGAUUGGAAUAUGACCGUAUUGUGAUUUAAAUGUUUUGCCUAUCAGUCGUAUCAGUCCUGGUUCCAGGACAUUGGUGCUCACUUCCACAGGCAGUCAGAUAAAGCCACAGGCUGCUCAGCUAUGUGCCUCUCCAGGCAUUGUGUUCUCAGAUGUGCAGUAAAUCUCCCAUUGCCUCCAAAGUCAAGUUUGCACAUGUCUGUCAGCACUGAAGGGAAAUUCCAGGCUAUUGUUCACCAAGAAAACGAGACUCGGGAUCACAACAGUGUUGUGUGCUACAGUAUCAUGGGAUGCUGCAUAGACAGCCUAUUGAUUUGGAACUUUAGUUUCUGUAAGAAAGCAAAUGGUUUAUUUUUUCUCCCAAUGAGACUGAAUAUUGCUGAAUAGCACAUCUGUUUUUAAUGGAUGUUGAUCAGUUCCUGUCUUCAGUGUCUGCAGGAACAUUUUAAUAUUUAUGAAGAGAAUGAAGACGUGCUAAAUGUUUUUAUUUCUCUGUGGUCAUUUCCGCCCGAGAAGGAAAGGGGGAUGAUAGAAACAGGCUUCAUUACAAGUGAUAAACCUUAUACUAUCACAUUAAGUCCAAGAAAUGAAUAGUUAGUCCAUGGAGCGAGUUGCAGAGAAUGUGGCCAUGUGCAGGUUAAAUAGGUUCACUUUCAUUUUUGCUGUUAAUUGUACUCGUCAACUCAUGUAGACUGUAUAUCCAGUAAAUUUAAGCCAUUUGUUGUGUGCCAACUUGAGACUUCUGGGUGAAAUCGCACGCUGGAGUAAAGUUCUGCUGCCUGUUGCUGUUCGGCUCCGCCUCGGAUGCUGCCGAUAGGCUGGGAGUGCAACAGGAGGGUCAAGUAACAAGACUCCGGCUGAAGUUUACUUGUAGUGGAGAUGUGAAUACUGAACCUAUGUUAGUUUUGUUUCGUCGCAGAGCAGCACAGUCGAGAGAAAUCGGUGAAGAGGAAAAAUGGUUGGAGAUCAUUGCACCAUCGCUGGGGACAGCUCGUCUCUCCAUUCACAGAGGACCUCCAAAAGUGGAUUAAGUUGUAAAAUGGUCCUGCAGGCAGUUGGUAAAGUAUUGAGGAAGUCCAAAACAAAGCCCAAUGGAAAGAAGCCGCCCACCGAGGAGAAGAAGCAGUACCUGGAGGCAGAGUGCACCAAAGUGCGGGUUGUGGACUUCGACCUCAAGGAGCUGGUCGUGUUGCCGAGGGAGAUCGAUCUCAACGAAUGGCUAGCCAGCAACACCACAACUUUCUUCAAUCUCAUUAACCUCCAGUACAGUACAAUCUCAGAGUUUUGCACUGGGGACACCUGUCAAGCCAUGACGGCCUGCAAUACGGUAUACUACUGGUAUGACGAGAAGGGGAAGAAGACUAAAUGCACAGCUCCACAGUAUGUAGACUUUGUCAUGAGCCUGGUACAAAAACUGGUAACAGACGAAGACAUCUUCCCAACAAAAUAUGGUAAAGAGUUCCCCACUGCCUUUGAAGCUCUGCAGAGGAAGAUCUGCCGGUACCUUUUCCACGUGCUGGGUCACAUCUACUGGGCCCACUACAGGGAGACGGUGGCGAUGGACCUGCACGGACACUUGAACACACUUUACACACAUUUCAUUGUAUUUAUAAGGGAAUUCAACCUGGUGGACCCCAAGGAGACCUCCAUCAUGGAUGACCUGUCCGAGGUCCUUUGCACUCCGCUCCCUCCCACAGAGAACCACGUCACAGAGAGAUGAACCGGGCCUCGGCAAGCCUGCCGAGCCGCAGGAGGAGGACCCAAGGAAGGAGAGAGCGGAACCCAGCCCAGAGACAGUCGAGGCAGGGGGGGGGGGGGGGGGGGGGGGGGGGGGCGGGCGGACUCAGAGACCUUCCACGCUCAGAAUAAUGUGCUAUCUUUAGGAUCCUGCCAGCAGUGGGCUGGCCAGGCAGCAGAAACGCUGUGAGCUUUUCACCCACCUACCUACCCACCCUGCCACACCGCCCCGCCCGCCACAGAGGCCAUCCUACCGACCCACUCGGCCUGUUCAAACUAGAGACCACCCGAGGCUUUCUCUCCAACUCUUUUAUUUAUUUAUGUCUGUCUGUCUGUCUCUUUUUUCCUCCCUCACUCACAUGUUUUUUCGUUUCCCCCUUCUGAGGGCGUCUAGUAUUUUUAUACCCUCCUGUUUGGGGGGUGGCACUGCCUCUUUUAUUGUACUGUUGUGUAAUGUUAAAUUGCGAGACCUGACAGUGUGGCGUUUUGGUUCUGCCGUGGCGGUGUAUAUCUCCUGCGCGGGUGCCAGGGUGGGGGUGGAUGCCAACCGCACCUUCUCUACUGAAGCUCCUGAUCGGAGCAAUUAUCCCCCCCCCCCCUUUUUUUUUCUUCAUUUUGUUUUUGGGCUUAUGGGAGUGAGUGUGCGUGUGUGUGUUAGAGACUUGCUUUUCUCUUUAAGGCGUGUGUGAGAAGCUCUGGGGGGCCCCAUCAGCCCCUGUCACACUGAGGCCAUGCCAGUGACCGAUUCAACCCCUCACCCCACCCCUCCACUGCACCGCCUCUCACUGGGACAACCCUCUGCUGUGAGACGGCCCGGCUUGCGCUGGAUCUCGGGGCAAGAGUGGAGCGCUGGGUUGUGCUCCUAGGCUGUGAGACAUGAUGAGCGUUUGUAGGGCCGUCUGACUGAAGACGGCACACGAGGGUAGCAUAAAAUCCCACUGGAGCGUCAAGGCACAAUGACAAUGACAUUGGUAUAUGUCUGCAGAUUAGAAUGUUAGAUGAUGGAAGAGCCCAGGUCACAGUGAGGUCAGAGGUCAAGCCCAGAAGCCCUGCUCUGAUGCAAUAUCCUGACUGGCGACACUGGAGAGGGUGGCGCAUUGUGAAUGCAGGAGGAUGCGGACAUUCUCUCAUGAUUGGAGUUAAAACAUGGUUUUACCUCUCUAUCAUGAAAAAAAAAAACAUGUUAAUUGAAAAUAAUAGAUAAAUAGAUCUAAAUCAUGUCUUCACACAACUAAUUGUAUGAAACUGUAAUACCUCCAAGGGAGGAUUAAGGUUUACCCUGCAUCACUGUACAAAGUGUCACAAACUGGAUUCUGGUUGGCAAGUCGGUUUGUGUUCUAAAGAUAAGCACCCUUUCCCCCAGUUUUAUUUAUUUUAAAAGUUGUUUUAGUUUGACAUUUGCAGGGUUCUUCAGUUCUGGCUUUCAUUUUUAUGUAUUUUAAUAAUGCCUAAGUUAAAAGCAAUUUAAUAUUUUUAGCUCUGCGAAUUAUAACCUAAUAAAAUAUUUAAAAAUGUU